AGCACAGACCACCACCACCACAGAAUCCACCCGCCCGCUCGAAAUUUUUAACAAAAGACCAUCGCGACCUUGACGGCUUCUUCCCCUCUCACCUGCUAGCUUGUCCGUCCUCUCAGCAUCAAGCCCAUCACCGAGGUAUGUGAAACUACGACGCCGGAGAAUGUCCUCGACAACAGGAUAAUGCCCUUCGCAAAGGCCCAGGAAAGCAAUCAGCUCGCGAUGGUGAAAAGUCGACGACCACUGAUACGCUUCUCCUCGUCGGCAACUGAGCGGGCAGAACCCUUGGGACACCUUCACUGCGUUGUUCCAGAGGGCACUCUCCAUGCUCACGGGGCCUCGAAGGCUAACAUGCAUGGAUCUGGCAGAUACCUCUGAUCCCAUUCCCGAUUUGAGAAUCUCCUCAAAUAAACCGUCAAGAUGGUCCGCACUUCCGUUCUCCACGAUGCCCUCAACAGCAUCAACAACGCCGAGAAGGCCGGCAAGCGCCAGGUCUUGAUCCGCCCUUCUUCCAAGGUCAUCAUCAAGUUCCUCCAGGUCAUGCAGAAGCACGGCUACAUCGGCGAGUUCGAGGAGGUCGAUGACCACCGCUCCGGCAAGAUCGUUGUCCAGCUCAACGGCCGCAUGAACAAGUGCGGUGUCAUCUCUCCCCGCUACAACGUCCGCCUCGCUGAGCUCGAGAAGUGGGUUGUCAAGCUCCUUCCCGCCCGUCAGUUCGGCUACGUCAUCCUUACCACCUCUGCUGGUAUCAUGGACCACGAGGAGGCCCGUCGCAAGCACGUCUCCGGCAAGAUCAUCGGCUUCUUCUACUAAGCGGAUGUUUCUCGCUAAAAGUCGGGAAUGAGGAGGAUCUCUAGCAAGCCAUGCUUUGGGUGUUGGGGAAGUCGAUGGGAGGAUGAUACCUCUGUCUGGUUUCUGCAAGUAAUGUUGCAGCAUAUAACCCACCUCAAAAAUUGAAGAGCUGGUUCCUCCACCAA